CAGCUGCAGACACUGGUUUGCAGAAGACUCCGGGACACAGAGGAGCAGCUGAGAGUCUUCAGAGUGUUUCUUAUCUUCUCUAAACUCAGAAAAUAAUCUUUCACCUUCUGGAUGUCUGAGCCUUUCACCUUAAACUUCAAGCUUCACGUUUUCUGCCUGAGGAGGGAUCGGCCUCUCCCUGUGCUGGGAUUUUAGGGGCUGGGGAGCAGAACUCCGAGCUGGUCAGCAUGGCAAAGGUCAGAGUUGUUCUAACUGUGUGCCAGUUGGUGCUAGAAUUGCUAAUGAAUUCAUUAACUGAGUCUUCCAUACAAAGCAACGAAUGUCCACAGCUUUGUGUCUGUGAAAUCAGGCCCUGGUUUACACCACAGUCAACCUACAGGGAAGCCACAACAGUUGACUGCAACGACCUUCGGUUAACGAGAAUCCCCAGCAACCUCUCCAGCGACACCCAGGUCCUUCUCUUACAGAGCAACAACAUUGCAAAGACCACAGAGGAGCUCCAGCAGCUCUUCAAUCUGACAGAGCUGGAUUUCUCACAGAACAACUUCACCAGUAUCAAGGACGUGGGGCUCUCAAACCUCACCCAACUGACCACUUUGCACCUGGAGGAGAACCAGAUCACGGAGAUGACUGACUACUGCCUGCAAGACCUCUGCAAUCUGCAGGAGCUCUAUAUAAACCACAACCAGAUCAGCAGCAUUUCUGCAAAUGCAUUCUCUGGCCUGAAGAACCUCCUGAGAUUACACCUCAACUCCAACAAAUUGAAGGUUAUCGACAGCCGUUGGUUUGAUUCUACUCCGAACUUAGAGAUCCUGAUGAUUGGAGAAAACCCAGUGAUUGGAAUACUUGAUAUGAAUUUCAAACCACUCUCAAAUUUAAGGAGUCUAGUUCUGGCAGGGAUGUAUCUCACAGACAUUCCUGGCAAUGCCUUGGUAGGUUUGGAUAGUCUUGAAAGUCUUUCCUUCUAUGACAACAAACUGGUAAAAGUUCCUCAGCUUGCACUGGAAAAAGUUCCAAACUUAAAAUUCCUGGACCUCAACAAAAAUCCAAUCCAUAAAAUUCAAGAAGGGGAUUUUAAAAACAUGCUCAGGUUGAAAGAGCUCGGAAUCAACAACAUGGGGGAACUGGUUUCUGUGGACAGGUAUGCGCUGGAUAACCUGCCUGAGCUCACCAAGCUCGAAGCCACCAACAACCCAAAGCUGUCCUACAUCCACCGCCUGGCGUUCCGCAACGUCCCCGCCCUGGAGAGCCUGAUGCUCAACAACAAUGCCUUGAAUGCAGUCUACCAAAAGACUGUGGAGUCCCUCCCCAACCUGCGGGAGAUCAGUAUCCACAGCAACCCCCUCAGGUGCGACUGCGUCAUCCACUGGAUCAACUCCAACAAGACCAACAUCCGCUUCAUGGAGCCCCUCUCCAUGUUCUGUGCCAUGCCUCCGGAGUACAGGGGGCAGCAGGUGAAGGAAGUGCUAAUACAGGACUCAAACGAGCAGUGUCUUCCAAUGAUCUCUCACGAGACCUUCCCAAACCACCUAAACCUGGACAUCGGCAUGACGGUGUUCCUAGACUGCAGGGCCAUGGCGGAACCCGAGCCAGAGAUUUACUGGGUCACUCCUCUGGGCAAUAAGGUCACUGUGGAAAGCCUCUCUGACAAAUACAAGCUGAGCAGUGAGGGCACCUUGGAGAUCUCCAACAUCCAGGUGGAGGACUCCGGGAGAUACACCUGCGUGGCUCAGAACGUGGAAGGGGCCGACACGAGGGUGGCCACGAUCCGGGUGAACGGAACGCUGCUGGAUGGCACCCAGGUGCUGAAAAUCUACGUCAAACAGGCGGAAUCACACUCCAUCCUGGUGUCCUGGAAGGUGAACUCCAACGUCAUGACCUCCAACUUAAAAUGGUCAUCAGCCACGAUGAAAAUCGACAACCCUCACAUCACCUACACCGCCAGGGUCCCGGUGGACGUCCACGAGUACAACCUCACACACUUACAGCCCUCUACGGACUACGAGGUGUGUCUGACCGUGUCCAACAUCCACCAGCAGACCCAGAGGUCCUGCGUUAACGUCACCACCAAGAACGCGGCGUUCGCGCUGGACAUCUCGGACCAGGAGACCAGCACGGCCCUGGCGGCCGUGAUGGGCUCCAUGUUUGCCGUCAUCAGCCUCGCCUCCGUCUCCGUGUACGUCGCCAAAAGGUUUAAGAGGAAAAACUACCACCACUCCUUGAAAAAAUAUAUGCAAAAGACCUCUUCGAUUCCCCUGAACGAGCUCUACCCUCCACUUAUUAAUCUCUGGGAAGGUGACAGUGAAAAGGACAAGGAUGGCUCAGCAGAGACCAAGCCAACCCAAGUGGACACAUCCAGAAGCUAUUACAUGUGGUAACUCAGAGGAUAUUUUGCUUCUGGUAGUAAGGAGCACAAAGACUUUUUUGCUUUAUUCUGCAAAAACGACAAGUUGAAGACUUUUGUAUUUUUGACUUUGCUAGUGGUGGCAGAGGGUGAGGCCGGGGAGACGUCAGGAGUUUCUCGCGCAGCGCGUGGCCACGGCGUGACACACAUGGCAGCUUCACCAGCUCCCA